AUAGCAAGACUUUUAGUAUUAUGGCGAUUGCUACCUCUGCUUGAGAUCUCCUGUCUCCGGUGCACGGAUUUAUAAACAGCAUCGGUUUCAGAUCAUCCUGAUAGAAAAUCGUUAGUUUCUCAAUGCUGUGCUAAUCUAGAUUACAGAAACGCAGGAGUGAUCAUUAUGGCAGCGUCUGAGCUCUAUACAAAGCAUGCCCGGGUAUGGAUCCCUGAUGCAGAAGAAGUCUGGAAGUCGGCUGAACUUCUCAAAGACUACAAGCAAGGAGAUGCAUUGCUUCAGCUCAGACUGGAUGAUGGCACGGACGUGGAACACAAAUUGGACCCCAAAACCAAAAACUUGCCCCAUCUACGUAACCCUGACAUCCUUGUUGGUGAAAAUGACCUCACUGCCCUCAGUUACCUCCAUGAGCCUGCGAUCCUGCAUAACCUCAAAGUGCGCUUCAUGGAUUCAAAGCUUAUCUACACCUACUGUGGUAUCGUCUUGGUGGCCAUCAAUCCCUAUGAGACGCUCCCCAUCUAUGGAGCGGACAUCAUCAAUGCAUACAGUGGACAGAACAUGGGGGAUAUGGAUCCGCAUAUAUUUGCAGUGGCCGAGGAGUCAUAUAAACAAAUGGCCAGGGAUGAGAGGAACCAGUCUAUCAUUGUGAGUGGAGAAUCUGGUGCAGGGAAGACAGUGUCCGCCAAGUACGCCAUGAGAUACUUUGCAACAGUCAGUGGUUCAGCCAGCGAGACCAAUGUGGAGGAGAAAGUGCUGGCAUCCAACCCCAUCAUGGAGUCUAUAGGAAAUGCCAAAACGACCAGAAAUGACAAUAGCAGUCGUUUUGGUAAGUAUAUUGAGAUUGGAUUCGACAAGAAGUAUCAAAUCAUUGGAGCCAACAUGAGAACCUACCUGCUGGAGAAAUCAAGAGUGGUGUUUCAGGCAGAUGAUGAAAGGAAUUACCAUAUUUUCUACCAGCUUUGUGCCUCUGCACAAUUGCCAGAGCUUAAAGUUCUUAAACUCGGCCAGGCAACCAACUUCCACUACACAAAACAAGGGAGGAGCCCUGUGAUUGAUGGGGUUGAUGAUGCAAAGGAGAUGGUCAACACUAGACACGCCUGCACUUUACUAGGUAUCAGUGAACCCUACCAGAUGGGAAUUUUCCGGAUUCUUGCUGCUAUCCUGCACCUUGGAAACGUGGAGAUUAAAGACCGGGAUUCUGACAGCAGCAUAGUACCUCCUAACAAUGCCCACCUCACUGUCUUCUGUGACUUGAUGGGAGUGACAUAUCAGGACAUGUCCCAGUGGCUGUGCCACAAGAAGCUCAAGACAGCCGCAGAGACCUACAUCAAACCCAUCCCCAAACUGCAGGCCGUCAACGCCAGGGACGCCCUUGCCAAGCAUAUCUAUGCCAAGCUCUUUGACUGGAUAGUGGACCAUGUCAACAAGGCCCUGCGCUCCACUGUCAACCAGAACUCUUUCAUUGGAGUGCUUGAUAUUUAUGGAUUUGAGACGUUUGAGAUCAACAGCUUCGAACAGUUCUGUAUAAAUUAUGCAAACGAGAAACUGCAGCAACAGUUUAACAUGCAUGUCUUCAAACUGGAACAAGAGGAGUACAUGAAGGAACAGAUCCCAUGGACCUUGAUAGACUUCUAUGACAAUCAGCCUUGUAUCAAUCUGAUAGAGGCCAAAAUGGGAAUUCUGGAUUUGCUGGAUGAGGAGUGCAGGAUGCCAAAAGGAUCUGAUGAUACAUGGGCCCAGAAAUUAUAUAACACUCACUUGAACAAGUGUGCUCUGUUCCAUAAACCUCGCCUCUCAAAUAAGGCUUUUAUUAUCCAGCACUUUGCCGACAAGGUUGAAUACCAAUGUGAUGGGUUUUUAGAGAAGAAUAAAGACACGGUCAAUGAAGAGCAGAUUACUGUGCUGAAAACAAGCAAGAAGUUUGAGUUACUAGUGGAGCUGUUUCAGGAUGAGGAGAAGGCGACCACCCCAACAGGGCCCCCGCCAGGCGGUCGCACUCGACUCAGCGUCAAACAGACCAAAACACGCCCCGGACAAACCAGCCGGGACCACAAGAAAACCGUGGGGCUUCAGUUUCGUAACUCUCUUCAGCUGCUAAUGGAUACGCUCAAUGCUACCACCCCCCACUAUGUGCGCUGCAUCAAACCGAAUGAUAACAAACACCCCUUCACGUUUGAUCCCAGUAGAGCUGUGCAGCAGCUCAGAGCUUGUGGUGUCCUGGAAACAAUCCGUAUCUCUGCAGCAGGCUUCCCAUCCAGGUGGACGUAUCAGGAGUUUUUUAGCCGCUACCGUGUUCUCAUGAAGCAAAAGGAUGUGUUGAGCGACAGGAGGCUAACAUGUAGGAAUGUCUUAGAGAAACUGAUCAAGGAUCAAGACAAGUAUCAGUUUGGCAAAACAAAAAUUUUCUUCCGGGCCGGGCAAGUGGCCUACCUGGAGAAACUACGGGCUGACAAACUGCGCGUCGCCUGCAUCCGUAUCCAGAAGACCAUUCGCAGCUGGCUGCUGCGCAAAAAGUACCUGCGCAUGCGGAGCGCAGCCAUCACCAUCCAGAGAUACGUCCGCGGCUACCAGGCACGAUGCCUUGCCAAGUUCCUGCGCCGGACCCAGGCUGCCGUCACCAUCCAGAAGUUUCAGCGCAUGUACAGGGAGCGCAAGAGGUACCGGCGCAUGCAGGCUGCGUCUCUCGUCGUCCAGUGCAUGCUGCGAGCGUACAUGGCUCGGCAGAAGUACCAGGCGAUGCUACGGGAGCACAAAACUAUCAUUAUCCAGAAGAGGGUACGAGGCUGGCUGGCCCGGCUGCAUUACAAGAGGUCCCUGGAAGCUGUUGUUUACCUCCAGUGCUGCAUCCGGCGCAUGAGGGCCAGACGGGAGCUGAAGAAGCUGAAGAUCGAGGCCCGCUCGGUGGAGCACUUCAAGAAGCUCAACAUCGGCAUGGAGAACAAGAUCAUGCAGCUGCAGCGCAAGGUGGAUGAGCAGCAUAAAGAAAAGAAAGCCAUGACUGAGCGUCUGAAUAGUCUGGCGAACUCGUACGCUGUAGAGAGCGAGAAGCUUCGCAACGAAGUAGAGCGGCUGCGACUGACCGAGGAGGAGGCCAGGAACAACUCGAACCGCAUUACCACCCUGCUGGAGGAGCUGGCCAGGCUGAAGAAGGAGCUGUGCGACACGCAGAGGGACAAGAGGACCAUCGAGGAGUGGGCCGACAAGUACAAACUGGAAACGGAGCAGCUGGUGGCUGAGCUCAAGGAGCAGAAUAUGCUUCUGAAGACAGAGAAAGAUGACCUGAACCGCCUCAUUCAAGAGCAGAACCAGGAGAUGACGGAGAAAAUGGAGAAGGCGCUGGUAGAGGAAACCAAGCAGCUGGAGUGUGAGCUGAAUGAAGAGCGCUCCCGAUAUCAGAACCUCCUGACCGAGCACCGGCGCCUGGAGGAUCGCCAUGACGACCUCAAGGAGGAGAUGAAGCUCAUGGUGAACAUUCCUAAGCCAGGCCACAGGAGGACAGACUCCACCCACAGCAGCAAUGAGUCUGAGUACACGUACAACUCCGAAUUCGCUGAGUCCGAGGAGAGCGCACGGGGAGCUGAGGAUGUUACCAAGGCUCCUCUGGACAUGUCCCUGUUCCUGAAGCUGCAGAAGAGGGUGACGGAGCUGGAGCAGGAGAAGCAGUCCUUGCAGAACGAGUUGGACAAGAAAGAGGAGCAGGCUUACAGAGCCAGGGCCAGGGAGGAGGAUGAGCAGAACAGGGUGAGAGGGGCAGAGCUGGAAUACGAGUCUCUCAAGCGUCAGGAACUGGACACUGAGAAUAAGAAGCUGAAGAAUGAUUUGAACGAGCUGCGCAAAGCUCUGUCUGAGAAGUCUCCCCCGGGGGUCACAGCGCCGGGCUCCCCUGCCUACAAGGUCGUCAUGGAGCAGCUUAACUCCUCCAAUGAGGAGCUGGAGGUCCGCAAGGAGGAGGUGCUCAUCCUCCGCUCCCAGCUGGUCAGCCAGAAGGAAGCCAUUCAUCAGAAGGAGAACAAGCAAACCAUGACUGAAGCCAUGCCCUGCAUGGAGGACGUGCACAAGAUGAGGGAUGCUGGAGAAAUAACUCAAGCAUAUCUAGCCGUGAAAGAAAGCAACAGAUCGCCAAAGUUCACCUCUAAGCCUGUUGCAGUCAGUGAUCUCAUGAGUAGAAUAAGAUCACCCCCUCAAGACUACCAUGUGCUGAAUGAGGACGGAGAGCUUUGGCUGGUUUAUGAAGGGUUAAAGGAAACCAACAGGCUGCUGGAGUCCCAGCUCCAGACUCUGAGGAAGAGCCACGAGAACGAGACGGAGGUGCUGCGUGAGGAGCUGCAGAGCGUCAAGGAGGACAACAACCGGCAGCAGCAGCUCCUGGCUCAGAACCUCCAGCUGCCCCCCGAGGCUCGCAUCGAGGCCAGCCUGCAGCACGAGAUCACCAGGCUUACCAACGAGAACCUGUACUUUGAGGAAUUAUAUGCAGAUGACCCCACGAAGUAUCAGUUCUACCGGAUUUCGCUUUACAAACGGAUCAUUGAUCUCAUGGAACAGUUGGAAAAACAGGACAAGACUGUUCGCAAACUAAAGAAGCAGCUGAAAGUAUUUGCAAAGAAGAUUGGGGAGCUAGAAAUAAGCGGUCAGAUGGAGAAUGUGUCUCCAGGCCAGAUCAUCGACGAGCCCAUCCACCCCGUCAACAUUCCCAGAAAGGAGAAGGAUUUCCAGGGAAUGCUAGAGUACAAGAAGGAGGAUGAAUCCAAACUGGUGAAAAACCUCAUCCUAGAGCUAAAACCUCGGGGUGUGGCUGUAAACCUGAUUCCUGGCUUACCGGCCUACAUCCUCUUCAUGUGUCUCAGGCAUGCAGAUUAUAUAAAUGAUGACCAGAAAGUGCGCACUUUGUUAACCUCGACUAUUAAUGGCAUCAAGAAGAUCUUAAAGAAAAGAGGCGAUGACUAUGAAACUGUCUCGUUCUGGCUGUCUAACACCUGUCGGUUCCUGCACUGUUUGAAGCAAUACAGCGGAGAAGAGUCCUUUAUGAAGCACAACACCCCCCGACAGAAUGAACACUGCCUCUCUAACUUCGACCUGGCAGAGUACAGGCAGGUCCUGAGCGACUUGGCCAUCCAGAUUUACCAGCAACUCGUGAAGGUCAUGGAGAAUAUCCUUCAGCCAAUGAUAGUUUCGGGAAUGUUGGAACAUGAGACAAUCCAGGGUGUGUCGGGAGUAAAGCCCACUGGCUUGCGUAAGAGGACCUCCAGUAUUGCGGAUGAAGGCACCUACACGCUGGACUCCAUCCUGCGUCAGCUUAACUCCUUCCACUCCACCAUGUGCCAGCACGGCACAGACCCGGAGCUCAUCAAACAGGUCAUCAAGCAGAUGUUCUACAUCAUCGGGGCCGUCACCCUCAACAACCUGCUGCUACGCAAGGACAUGUGCUCCUGGAGCAAAGGAAUGCAGAUUAGAUACAAUGUGAGCCAGCUUGAGGAAUGGCUAAGGGACAAGAAUCUAAUGACAAGUGGUGCUAAGGAGACACUGGAGCCUUUGAUCCAGGCAGCUCAGCUGUUGCAGGUGAAGAAGAAGACCGAUGAGGAUGCGGAGGCAAUCUGCUCAAUGUGCAAUGCUCUUUCAACAGCACAGAUUGUAAAAGUGCUGAAUCUGUACACUCCAGUAAAUGAGUUUGAAGAAAGGGUUUCUGUAUCGUUUAUACGUACCAUACAGAUACGUUUACGAGACCGGAAGGAAUCUCCCCAGUUACUAAUGGACACCAAAAACAUCUACCCAGUUACAUUUCCAUUCAACCCCUCUUCCCUUGCACUGGAAACCAUUCAGAUCCCCAGCAGCCUCAACCUGUUAUUCCUCACUCGUGUCUAAAGGAAGGGACUGCUCAACUCAUGCUUUGGUUGACAGACAGUUUAUGUAUAUGCUGCAGGAACAGUCCUAAAUCCAGUCACGUAGAGUUCAGUAUUUGGAGUUAUUUUGGAUUUAGCAGGCAAAGCUGUGGAAUCAUGAACUUCAAAAUUGUUAUUUGAGGGGAAUAACAAAAUAAGCCCUGUCCAAUCUAAUGCAUGUAACAAGUUUAGUAGAUAUGUCACCUUAAUGAGUAUUUCUGAGACUGGCUGCACAAAUUGUAAUGUAGGGUAUCUGAAAAAAUACUUUUAUGGUUAUGCGUUUGUUUUUACAGUGGUCAUUUGAACACUCAUUCCAAGUGACGCAUUGAUAUUAAGCAGGCAGUCGAUAACAAAUUAAACAGUUUGGGUGAAUGUUACCAAACUUGAAAACAACACGGAUACUAAACUGUACAGUCUAUUAGUUAUUUUAAAUGAAAGCAGUGGAGAAAGCAUUGUAAGGGGGAAGUUUUUAUUAUAUCAGCCUGUGUUUUCAUUACAAUUAUUUCACAUGGAAGGAGUUACACAUGGUUGGGAAUUGGAAAUGUUGAAAAUAUGACUUUACCUGACUGGAUCGGGCAUUGUAGACACUGCCUGCAACAUAGAUCUUGAGAAAGCCGUUAUUCUGAUUCAGGUCAAGACCUGACAACUAAAGCAUGUGGGCUACAGAGUAUAAUAUGCACAGAUUUGAGUCGUGAACAUGUAGAAAAAGUAAUGUUCAAAUCAUAAAACAUUUAAGAACCUUGUAAAUUCUCUUACAUGUUAAGCAGACUUAAAUAUAAUCUAUUGAUUUGGUUGCGGGGCUCUAAAAAAAGGAGAGAAGGAGGAGAACAGCAACCGGUUAUGCUUUAAACAAUUUAUCAACUGGAAGAAUAAACUGUUAAUACGUAGAAGACAUUGUCAAAUAGCUUUCUUAUUUAUGUCAGUAAAAUAUGUAGAAAUACAGAUGGUCCUAGUCUACUAUUUAAUAUAGAUGCUUAUUUGUUAGUAUUGUGGGUUUACUUAGAACGCCUAGAUAGCUACUGUGUAUUGUGUAACGUGCAUAGCUAGAACAAUGUACUUAUUCAGCACUGCAGUGUAGAGUAUUAAGACUUAGUUCUCUUGAAUAUUGUUUACAAUUAAAACAUUAGCUUGAUUUUAUGCGAGUGUCACUGUAACAUUCAAAAAGUUUUUUGUCUCCAUGGUAAAGGCUCAAAGAAAUAAUAGAUUGUCCAGUGCUAUUCUAAUGUGCUGAGAUUUGUAGUAUGACUGCACACUCCUUAAAGUUAAGGGUAAAUGCAUAGGGUUACAAUGCACAGUCUACACUGUAAUACAAUGCUGUUGUUAAAAUCAUUAAAUUGGUUUGCCUUAUACCAGUGAUCCAAUGCUGAACUUUGAAAGGACCAGGGGAUACUUCUUUGGUGCCUUUACCAUGUACAGUAGUAAGCCUCAUUUAAGCACAAAAGCACACUGGAUGUCUCAUGUAUAAGAAGGUUACUUUCUUUUUUAAAUGGAGGUCUUUAAAAAUGUAUGGACAGAUUUAAAUUAUUUGUUUCAGUAUUAGUGACAUGAGUUCUAUUACACUGGCCCUUAACUGAAACUGCUUCUAGCAUGUUUGAUUUAAGGAUAUUGUUAGUAAGCAGGGUGUAACAGAAGACAUUUCUUUAAUAGAGUUUAAGCAUAACCCUGACUAUAGCAUAGCUGAUAUGAUGCUGCCUGCAUUGUUUCAGUUACACAGUGAAUGCUGCUCUGACCAACUGCCCCCAAGCUUUCUUUUUUUAUAUAUAGUUUUUUGCUGGUAUAAUUUGUGUGCCAAUUAAGGAAGGAUUUAUGUGGGAAAUUAAUAAUAAUAAUAAUAAUAAAAUAUAAUAAUAAUAAUAAUAAUAAUAAUAAUAAUAAUAAAGUGGACUUUGCUUUUGACCUUUUUUUGGAGAUACAGUGACAAAAGCUGGUAAAGUAGUGAUGAAUGCCAGCUUACAAAGCAGCCCAGCCACUCUUGAUCUUGGUCUCCAGGGUCACUGUUCACUGCAAGAAUGCCUGUAAUAUUGGCAAGGCUUUUUUUAUAGAAUGUAUUGGUACCAUGGAUUGCAUUGGAAAAGAUUUGAUUCAUGUGUGCACAGUAAUUAGCAUUGAAGCACUCCAGGAACAUACUGUAUUUAUACGAUACACCGUAAUUGUCAGCUGCGUUUGCACUAUCAAUACAAGGCUUUGUACAUUUUUUCUAGAGACUGGGUGUAGGGGCAACCUGGUUGCCUCACUUUUAUUCAAAUAUUUGCUCACUGUCGGCACUUGAGCUCCAGGGAGUACAAUAAGAAAAAUUAGUACAAAAAAAAAAAAAAAAAAAGUGCUCAAAACAUUGUCAAGCAAAAUUGACUGCUAAACUUAAAAAGAAAAAAAAAAAAAAGAUUCUGAUCCAUGCAUCUUUCCUUUAUAUUGCUCAGUUCCCUUAGAGGUACAUAUCAAGGUCACUGGGACCAGCACAGGCACAUUGUAAAUUGUUCCUACCGUGUAUUGUCACAACGGAACUCUACAUAUUUGUAAUGAAAUAUUGCGUUUGGAAACUACUGUCUGAAUGCAUUGAUGUGUUUCUGAUACAAUCCACAGAACUGGAAAAUAUUAGCUAUACUGCAAAAAAAAUAAGUAUUUAAAGUCUUCUCUGCAUAAAUGCUUUGUUUUCAUUAAUGUUCAUAUUUUUAUAAAGUAUUGGUUUAUUUACACUUCAUAAAUGUCUUUAUAAAGCCGUACCUCAUAACAGCAUGUUGAGUACAGCAGUUGGCAGCUGAUACACAAUUUUUGGUUGCGUCUUUGAGAUAGUUAUGUGUUGCUUUCUGUUUUUACAGUAUCAUUCUCAAAUGUUGUUAUUAAAUUGAAUAAAAAGCUAAAGUACAGUCCA